AUGGUGAUAUUCCGCGUUAUUUCACAUGGUACAAAUCCAGUAAAAAAUGGGAACCACGAAAACAAGGAAAAUGAUAUCCUUCCAUUCCAGGCAUAUUCAAAGCUAAGACAUUGGGGCGACUUUACACAGUACAUCCAAAGCAACAAUAAUUACUUGAAUCAUAACUGGCUCAGUCAUCGGGCAAUUUUGGCAGCCAAAAAUGUUGAUGUUGACGAAAUUAACUUCCAGAUACAACAGUUGUUACCAGGCGAUCUGAUGUCUUUUAAAUCAAUCGAUACUGUUGUUAAUGAAAAUGAAAGUGUAAAUUUUCCAACUGAAUUUUUGAAUUCACUAGAUAUACCUGGAAUGCCACCCCACAAUCUUCAAUUAAAUAUUGGUUCUCCGAUGAUUCUCCUACGUAAUUUGAAUCCACCUCAAUUAUGCAACGGUACACGUUUGAUCAUCAAAAAGAUCACCGGAAACAUUCAUGAAGCAACCAUUUUAACUGGGAAGUUUAAAGGAAAAAUGGUCCUGUUGCCACGUAUCCCAAUGAUACCGUCAGAUUCUACCAUACCUUUCAAACGGCUACAGUUUCCAAUUCGUUUAGCUUUUGCCAUGUCAAUAAAUAAGUCUCAAGGCCAAACAAUGUCUAUUUGUAGUUUAGAUUUGGAAAAUCCGUGUUUUUCUCAUGGGCAACUAUAUGUUGCAUGUUCACGUGUUGGGAAACCGUCGAAUAUAUUUGUGUUAGCUAAAGACAGGUUAACCAAAAAUAUUGUGCACCGAUUAGUGCUAAAUUAA